ACCGGUGCAGGGUUUCUGGCCCUAAACACCCCAGCCUCGCCAAUGACACCCACAACAACAAAUACAACAGACGCAUCCAUCCCUCGAAGUAUUGACAUCAUCCCCUGGAUCCCACACUUGAUCAUCAUCAUCCUCGGAAUGGUCGGGAUGGCAGGAAACACCAUUGUGUUCUGGCUCCUGGGCUUCCGCUUACGCAGGAAUGCCUUCUCCAUCUACAUUCUAAACUUGGCCCUGGCUGACUUUCUCUUCCUCCUCUGUCACAUCAUAGCUUCCAUGCUGGGUCUUCUCAAGUUUUCCUACACCAAUAUUAUCUUUCGCAGGUGCUUUUACACCAUGAGGAUGAUUCCCUACAUCGCAGGCCUAAGCAUGCUCAGUGCCAUCAGCACUGAGCGCUGCCUGUCUGUCCUGUGCCCCAUCUGGUAUCGCUGCCACCGCCCAAAAAACACAUCAUCUGUCGUGUGUGCUGUGAUCUGGAUCCUAUCCCUGUUGACCUGCAUUCUGAAUAGGUAUUUCUGCGGUUUCUUAGAUACCAAAUAUGUAAAUAACUAUGGGUGUAUGGCAUCGACAUACUUUAUUGCCUUAUAUCUGGUAUUUUUGUCUGUGGUCCUCUGUGUGUCCAGCCUGGCUCUGCUGGUCAGGUUGUUCUGUGGCACUGAGCGGAUGAAGCUUACCAGAUUGUACGUGACCAUCAUGCUGACUGUUUUGGUUUUUCUCCUCUGCGCGUUGCCCUGUGGCUUCUACUGGUUCCUUUUAAACUUGAUUAAGAAUGAUUUUGGUAAAUUUGAUUUAAGUCUUUAUAUGGUAUCACUUAUCCUGACUGCUAUUAACAGCUGUGCCAACCCCAUCAUUUACUUCUUCGUGGGCUCCUUCAGGCAUCGGUUGAAGCACCAGACCCUCAAAAAGGUUCUCCAGAGAGCACUGGAGGACAUUCCUGAGACAGCUGAAAACAUGGUGGACAUGUCAAGAAGCAAAGCAGAGCCGUGA